UGUUUGAAUACAACAUUGGGGGAGAGAACGGGGGAGGACGGCCCAUUUCUACUGGGCGGCCCAAUUCCUUUGGCUCAUUCUCUAUUUAAAAGCUCUCGUUCUCCACCAUUUCUACCAAGUUUCAGACUAAGUCGAGCGGAAGCGGUCAAAAACCCUAGCAGUUAACGUCGUCUUCAUCGGAGCAAAAUGGCCUCAGGUCUUAGCAAUGGCACCAGGUUCUUCAGAGGCUGCAAAACUCUCUUAGAUUCUCUCAAACCCACCACUCAAGCUUACUCUUCUACUCCUGCGGUCUCUUCCAAGAGUAAGCUAAAACCCCCAAGUGCCGCCGUUUCGGGCCAAAAAUCGAAAGCCGCACCAAAGAGACAGACGAAUUCUUCGGGCGGGAUUAUGAAGUCCUUAAAAGUUUCUCCGACUCUCGCUGGCUUCCUUGGCCAGUCCGAGAUUUCGCGCGCUGAUGCCAUCAAGCAAAUAUGGUCGUACAUCAAGCUGAAUAACCUCCAGAACCAAACUGAUAAGAGGCAGAUCAAUUGUGAUGCAAAGUUGAAGGCCAUAUUUGGUGGAAGAGAAAAAGUGGGAAUGCUUGAGAUUUCAAAAUUUCUUUCCCCUCAUUUUGUGAAAUCUGGUUAACCUAAGCUUUCUGUGCAUUCAUUGCCUUAGCUGUUCUAAUACUUCUCUAAACCUCUCUUCCAAAUCCUUGUGAUGUUUUGUUAUGUUCUAUUAGGUUUUGUUAGGUUUUGUUUGGUUUUGUUUGGCUGAUCCUAUGACAUCAUCUUCGCCAUUUGGUUUUACUCAGAUUUAGGAAGAGGGGGUGUUUCUUGUUUAGACAUUGUUGACUAAUAGUACUUUUCAUUAAUUAAGGAACCUUUUUCAGAA